AUGUCAACGACAACUAAGUUCAUCACCCAGCUAACAGUUCUACUGGCCUACUCUCAUGUUACGAAGACUGCUGGCGUGGGCUCUUUUUAAAAUGGUUUCCUGCGUCUCCUGGUAUGGCUUUGGGAAAUGACAACUCUGGAAGCUUUAUUAGAAAACGGAUAGCAUCACCUAUUCAUUCGUAACAAAAGUAAAGGAAAAUAUGUACGCCAAUGUUUUUAAGGCGUCAAUUUCAAUGUGGAUGAAUGCAUCCAAAGCUGGGAUGUUCCAUGAUGCCUUUGUGCCUCAUUAAUAUGAUGGGCCAACCUAACUUUGAAUAUUUUGUGUUCUUGGAGCACUUCCCACGAGAAAGAACAGCUUGGGAAUAAAUGAUCCGAGUACUCCUUACAUAGGCUGCGGGAAGUGCUGAUGCUGCCCAGAUCAUGGGAUGGCUGAUCGCAUAAAUGAAGUUUUCCAUGUGACCUUUUGAUGAAUAUCCUUGCUUUCAAUAAGGACGGGCAUCUCCAAAGUCGAGAUGUCCCAUAGUGGUCAGUAA